UAAAUACACACACAACCCCGGCCCGGCCAUCGCAAGCAAACUUCUCCUUCUCAGACAGCGCCACGACUGAAGAAAGCUACCGGCCGGCCGGGCCCCAAAGAGAAGAGAAGAGAAGGGAAGCUCAGACUCAGAGAGGCCCCAAGAAACUGACCCAAGCUAGCAGCCGACGUGCCGGAUUCUGUUGGCCAUGGCCGGGGCCGGUGAAGCGGGCGUCGUCGGUGGCAGCGAGUGGCCCUUCUCGGCCGACGCGUACGCCGACUCCUCGGCGAUCUUCGCGGAGCUCGGGUGCUGGGCGGCGGGGCUCGACGGCGCCGGCGGCGGGGAGCUGCUGCCGGCGCUGGAUCCUACGCCGGAGGACAUCAGGUACACCCUGCCGCCGCCGUCCGGGUCGGUGUCGGUGGACGGCGGCGCGUCGUCCAGCUCCACCGACGACGGCGCCGCGCAGGAGGACGCCGCCGACGGGAAGCCGGCGGCCGCGACGGAGGCAGCGAGCAAGCCGGCGGCGCCGGCGCCGGGGAAGACGAUGAUGACGGCGGCGACGGGCAAUAAUAGUAAUAAUAAUACCAAAUCGGGGCAGAAUAAGAAGCGUGCUCGGCAGCCGCGUUUCGCCUUCAUGACCAAGAGCGACGUCGACCACCUCGAGGAUGGAUACCGCUGGCGCAAGUACGGACAGAAGGCCGUCAAGAACAGCCCAUUCCCAAGGAGCUACUACCGGUGCACCAACAGCAAGUGCACGGUGAAGAAGCGCGUGGAGCGCUCCUCCGACGAUCCCUCCGUCGUCAUCACCACCUACGAGGGCCAGCACUGCCACCACACCGUCACCUUCCCGCGCGCCGCCCACCUCCACGCCGCCGCGGCCCUCGCCGGCCACAUGGCAUUCUCCGCCGCGCACCACCACCACCACCUCUACAGCGCCACCAACGACCACCUGCCGCCGCUGCAGCACCCUGACCCCACCACCGCCGCAGCUCAGCAGCAGAGCGCUCUUAUUACUACGAGUGGUGACUCAUCGCUCGCCUGCAGGCCGGCGAUGUUGCUGCCGCCGUCGCUGCUGCGGCCGCUGCUGCACAGCAACCAGCAGGAGCUGCUGGCGGCAACCUACCCUCUGUCCUCUGCGAUGAUGACGAUGCCAGUGGAUUCUUCUUCCCUCGUCGUAUCAACGCAGUCGCCUUCGCCGCUGACGGCUGUGACUUCAUCGCCGGCGGUCGACAAGGGGCUUCUUGACGACAUGGUGCCUCCGGCGAUGAGGCACGGAUGAUAAUAGAUUGCGUGCAGACUGCAUUAUUAGUUGGUUUAUCGGUUAGUACAAUUAAGCAUAUGAUUUGUUACACUACACCUUUUUUUUUACGAACACUUUGACCCAUCAGUUUGUUGUUGCUUUCUGAUUGGGCAGAGAUACGAAUUAAUUGUUGCAUAUGCAUAUAGGGUACGGUGGUGUUAUACUAUUAUGCAUAUGAUCAAUCUAUCAGCAGCCUUGGAUAAAAAUAUUAGUUGCACAAGGCCAACUGCUGUUAGUGCCAUAGGGAUUAUUAAUUGAUACUGUCAGUUUGUCACCCUAGUUCUUCAGAAUGGGUGCUUGUGUGCUUGUUUAUGCUAAUUCUAGUUUUUGAUAAUGUAAUCAUAGCUUUUGAGUCAUUGAUGUU